UAGUUUUCUCCAACAGGAACACUUGCGACCCGCACGCAUUGGAGUGUCAUUGUGUCUGGAAACAUUACACAAGCAUGAAAAAAAGGGACGCGGUGUAAUAUUGCAUCCUACUCACACACGCGCGGCUUUUCUUAUCGAUUUGACUCAACGAUCGCGACGAAGCAUGGGCGACCAUCUGUGUCUGUGUAGUGACGGUACCAGUCGGCAUCGCAAGUGAAGCACGCAAGUGUUCGCACGGGAAGUGACUGUGUUGAUGCUGAAGAAGUGUUUUAAGAUUUUUAGCUGAAUUUAACAAUUUGUCACGUCGUGUAAGCAAAGAUUGUAAAGUGGGAGAAGUUUACCAUCGUACGAUCUCGGUAAACUCCGCGAGAUGAUCGACGUGGAAGGGGUGGAGAUGAUAUCAAGCACCAGACGCUGGCAUAGGCCACUGCUCGUAAUCGGCUGGUGUUGCUUAUUUACACUGACCGUAGCGCAAACUACGAAUCAAGCUGCAACGUCAGCAGCUUCCACCGAAAGCACCACCGAAACGGAACAUCCGAACUAUAUAUCCGACACACCGGAAGAUGGUAGCAGCUUCAUCGAUCAGUACGAACAGGGUGUACAGGCGUACCUUUCGAACGAGUGGGAAGACUGUGUGUACUUUCUCGAGCGGGCCUUGGAGGGAUACCGGACGUACUACGAGUCGGUGGCAAACUGUAGGAUGGAAUGUGAAUAUGCGGCACGAGAUGUAAAGCAUCGGGGUGAUUUUCUGCACAGCAGCAACAUUGACAAUCUGCAACACUACGAACUGAUCUUGCGCCGUACGCUCUGCCUGUCGAAGUGUGCCCGGAAGUAUGCGAUCUACCGAUAUCUUCCGUUCAGUGAGGACUUCGAUGGGCACUAUAUGGACAUCUUUCACGAGCAGAAGGUUUACCCAUAUCUGUACGCGUGCUACGUGAAGUCGAAUCGUGUAACGCUAGCGGCAUCGGCCGCCUACACUUUCAUGGUAAAGCAUCCGUCGGAUACAGUGAUGAAGAAAAACUUUGAAGAAGCCAUCGAAAUGCCCGGUGUCGAUCGGGACGAAAUUCAUGAUCUUGAGGAAAAGAAAUUCGUCCCCCUCCUUAUCGGUGGUAUUGUAGACGAGCAGGAAACCAACUGGGAGCGUGCGAUCGAACGGCUCGAAAGUUCCAUCAAGCAGUACAUCUUCGAUGAGAACGAAUGUCGCGCAUUUUGCGAGGGUGAAUUUGAUCAUGGCUUCCUGCCCGACUUUAUUACCGCCAUCGGAAAUCACUUUACCAAUGCGUUGUAUUGCAAACGCAACUGUACCUCCAACAUGGGCAUGGUGCGAGGGAAGUACUACGAAAAUCUAUUCCCCCGGCAUUAUCAACACCUGCAGAAGGCGUAUUAUCAUGUUAAACAGUACGAGGAGUCCUAUCGAGCCGGUAUGAGCUACUUGCUGUUUCACGUGGAUGAUCUCCAGAUGCCGGAGGCACUGAAAACGAUCGAAACCGAAGCGAAGGGCAGUGUGACGGCUAACUUCUUUAAGCCUCGAAGGGAAGCAGUCGAGUACAAUGAACGGAUGCAGUAUGAGGAGAAGUUGGCUCAUUUCAUCAAGCAAGAGUUUGAUCUGCUAGAAGAUGGUGGAUCAGAGUCAGAUUUAGACCGGGAGUAUGAAGAAGAUGUUCAAGAAGAUGAGGCGUUUAUCGCGGAGGAAUAUGAAAUGGAAACUAAUGAAGAAUCUCAAGAGGAUACUCAACCACAAGAAGAUGUCAGCAAUGAGCUAUAUCCAAAAGAAACGAUCGGAUAUAACGAUCAUGACGAGCUGUAAAAGAAGUUAGUGGGCUAAGAGAGGAAGAAUCGGACCAGCCGGACUACCAGUGUGCCAUAACGGUAUCUUUCAGCAUAAUGGAAAGAAUUAAAGUAUCUACCAGUAAUUAUACUCAACUAAUAAAUAAACAAAACAAAAAAAUACGAGAAAAAAUCUAAAGCAAAUUUUGGUUUAGUAAAGAAAUUUAAAAGCCAUUGUUGUUUUUUUCCGUUAUUUGUUUCUUUUUAUUUCAGUUUUGUCUUUAAUAAUGCUUUACAUAGAUCAAACAUAUCUA